AUGCUCAAACCGGAACUGCUAGAGGAACGAAUUUUCAAUAGCAUAACUUGGGCUCCUAGAAUAUGGCGCCCUUGGGACAAUCUAUUUGAUUGCAGGGUUUUGUUCCGAAGCAAAGAUAUCCGCGGAGGCCGGUUCGUUCGUCCUAUUCUGAUAUUCAGGACCAAGAGGUACUGGAUUCUCUUUCGGAUAGGCCCUGAAAGGAGAAGAAAGGCUGAAAUGCCAACGGACCUCUGUCUAUUCUCUAAUUCACCCGAUCCGAUAGUACCCGUUUUUGGAACGUCCAGUGCCAAAGUCACUGAAUGGGUAAGUCACCAAUCCAAUCCCUUUGACAAAUCGGAUGUCAUAUUAGAUAUCAUAUUCUAUAUAUAUAGAAAUAUCAUAGAUAGAAUAGACAUAUAG